AAACAACUCUUCACCCGGUUAAUAUUUAGCUUGAACAUAAGGUUUAAAUAGGCAAGGGGAGGGGAAGAUAAAACAGAAAUUUACCAGCAUUCCUGGCUACUAAAAGGAGCACCAAGAUAGAGGACUGGGCCUGUGCUUUCUUCUCCUUAAAAUAGUUUUGCAGCUCAGCAGCCCUGUGAAUCCAUGGACGUCCACAUUCCAGCUCAAGUUCUCUGCGGCGUGGGCCCAAGCCUCCACCCCCCCAGGCCUAUCAUUUGUCCACACAAGAGGCUGUGCCAGACAGCUCGGGGUGAUAUACAAAGACCAGGACUCAUCAGGCCUUCAGGAGGUGAUGAGCUGACAGGCUGACAGAAGCCAUUUGCUUCACAUUUCCAUCCAAGGGCUCCACGGGGGAAGGGCUUGUCUCUGCACAGGUCUGAAGGCAGCCGCAAAGGCAGAAGAAGGGUUCGGCAGAGGAGAACCAAGGAAGGAGUGUGCUUUCAGGGCUCUAACCUGAAAGUAAGCGCCUGAAUUCCAGGCUGAGUGCUAGGCCCCUAUGCGCUUUAUGGCCCUCAAAGGUGGCCACAGAAAUCAGCUCUGAGUUUCUAAAGAGUACAAGGAAAAACUACACGUGGGAUGACUGUUUAGUUGUGGAAUUAGCUGUUAGCACCCCACUGGAAGUCACCAUGAUUCGCGCCUUCGUUCAGCCGUCCACACCCCCAUACCAGCCGCUUUCCAGUCACCUGUCUGAGGAAACAGAGGGCAAGUUCAAGGGCAAGGUGAUACAUGAAGCUCAACUCAACUGUUUCUACAUCUCUCCUGGAGGUUCCAACUAUGGGAGCCCACGCCCAGCUCAUGCCAACAUGAAUGCCAAUGCAGCAGCAGGGCUCGCCCCCGAGCACAUCCCUACUCCAGGGGCAGCGCUGUCCUGGCAGGCAGCCAUUGAUGCCGCCCGGCAGGCCAAGCUCAUGGGCAGUGCUGGCAACGCAACCAUCUCUACCGUCAGUUCCACACAGCGGAAGCGGCAGCAGUAUGGGAAACCCAAGAAGCAGGGUGGUACGACCGCCACACGGCCACCUCGUGCUCUGCUCUGCCUGACUCUGAAGAACCCCAUCCGGAGGGCGUGCAUAAGCAUCGUUGAAUGGAAACCAUUUGAAAUAAUUAUUUUACUGACUAUUUUUGCCAAUUGUGUGGCCUUAGCGAUCUAUAUUCCCUUCCCAGAAGAUGACUCCAACGCCACCAACUCCAACCUGGAACGAGUGGAAUAUCUCUUUCUCAUAAUUUUUACCGUGGAAGCAUUUUUAAAAGUCAUUGCCUAUGGACUUCUCUUUCACCCCAACGCUUACCUCCGAAAUGGUUGGAAUUUACUAGAUUUUAUAAUUGUGGUUGUAGGGCUUUUUAGUGCAAUUUUAGAACAAGCAACCAAAGCUGAUGGGGCCAAUGCUCUCGGAGGGAAAGGAGCUGGAUUCGAUGUGAAGGCGCUGAGGGCUUUUCGCGUGCUUCGUCCCCUGCGGCUGGUGUCUGGAGUCCCAAGUCUCCAGGUGGUCCUGAACUCCAUCAUCAAGGCCAUGGUGCCUCUGCUGCACAUCGCCCUGCUCGUGCUGUUCGUCAUCAUCAUCUAUGCCAUUAUCGGCCUGGAGCUCUUCAUGGGGAAGAUGCACAAGACUUGCUACAACCCGGAGGGCAUCAUAGCAGAAGAGGACCCCUCGCCUUGUGCUUUGGAGACGGGCCAUGGGCGGCAGUGUCAGAACGGGACCGUGUGCAGGCCCGGGUGGGACGGGCCCAAGCAUGGCAUCACCAACUUCGACAACUUCGCCUUCGCCAUGCUGACGGUGUUCCAGUGCAUCACCAUGGAGGGCUGGACAGACGUGCUAUAUUGGAUGCAGGACGCUAUGGGCUAUGAGUUGCCCUGGGUGUAUUUUGUCAGUCUGGUCAUCUUUGGAUCCUUUUUCGUUCUAAAUCUGGUUCUCGGUGUUUUGAGCGGAGAGUUUUCCAAAGAGAGGGAGAAAGCCAAAGCUCGGGGGGAUUUCCAGAAGCUUCGAGAGAAGCAGCAGCUAGAAGAAGAUCUCAAAGGCUACCUGGAUUGGAUCACCCAAGCAGAAGACAUUGACCCUGAGAACGAGGAUGAGGGCAUGGAUGAAGACAAGCCCCGAAACAGAGGCGCAGCGGCGGGCUUGCUUGAUCAGAAGAAAGGGAAGUUUGCUUGGUUUAGUCACUCUACAGAAACCCAUGUGAGCAUGCCCACAAGUGAGACGGAGUCUGUCAACACUGAAAAUGUGGCUGGAGGUGACAUCGAGGGCGAAAACUGUGGAGCCAGGCUUGCCCACCGGAUCUCCAAGUCCAAGUUCAGCCGCUACUGGCGCAGGUGGAAUAGAUUCUGCAGAAGGAAAUGUCGUGCGGCAGUGAAGUCCAACAUCUUCUACUGGCUCGUGAUCUUCCUGGUGUUCCUCAACACACUCACCAUUGCCUCGGAACAUUACAACCAGCCCCACUGGCUCACAGAGGUACAAGACACAGCCAAUAAGGCCCUCCUGGCGCUUUUCACUGCAGAAAUGCUCCUGAAGAUGUACAGCCUAGGCCUGCAGGCCUAUUUUGUAUCCCUCUUCAACCGCUUUGACUGCUUCAUCGUGUGUGGGGGCAUCCUGGAGACCAUCCUGGUGGAGACCAAGAUCAUGUCUCCGCUGGGCAUCUCUGUGCUAAGAUGUGUACGGCUGCUCAGGAUCUUUAAGAUCACCAGGUACUGGAAUUCCCUGAGCAACCUCGUGGCGUCCUUGCUGAACUCAGUGCGCUCCAUCGCCUCCCUGCUGCUGCUCCUCUUCCUCUUCAUCAUCAUCUUCUCCCUCCUGGGGAUGCAGCUGUUUGGAGGGAAAUUCAACUUUGAUGAGAUGCAGACGCGUAGGAGCACAUUUGACAACUUCCCGCAGUCACUCCUCACUGUGUUUCAGAUCCUGACCGGGGAGGACUGGAAUUCGGUGAUGUAUGAUGGGAUCAUGGCUUAUGGCGGCCCCUCUUUUCCAGGGAUGUUAGUCUGUAUUUACUUCAUCAUCCUCUUCAUCUGUGGAAAUUAUAUCCUACUGAAUGUGUUCUUGGCCAUUGCGGUGGACAACCUGGCUGAUGCCGAGAGCCUCACCUCUGCCCAAAAGGAGGAAGAAGAAGAGAAGGAGAGAAAGAAGCUGGCCAGACCGGCCAGGACUGCCAGCCCAGAAAAGAAACAGGAGGUGAUGGAGAAGCCAGCAGUGGAGGAGACCAAAGAGGAGAGAAUUGAGCUGAAGUCCAUUACUGCAGAUGGAGAGUCCCCACCCACUACCAAGAUCAACAUGGAUGACCUCCAGCCCAGUGAAAAUGAGGAUAAGAGUCCCCACUCCAACCCCGACACCGCAGGAGAAGAGGAUGAGGAGGAGCCUGAGAUGCCGGUGGGGCCACGGCCCCGGCCCCUGUCUGAACUGCACCUUAAGGAAAAGGCAGUGCCCAUGCCAGAAGCCAGUGCGUUUUUCAUCUUCAGCCCAAACAACAGAUUCCGCCUCCAGUGCCACCGCAUCGUCAAUGACACCAUCUUCACCAACCUGAUCCUCUUCUUCAUUCUGCUCAGCAGCAUCUCUCUGGCUGCUGAGGACCCCGUCCAGCACACCUCCUUCAGGAACCAUAUUCUGUUUUAUUUUGACAUUGUUUUCACUACCAUUUUCACCAUUGAAAUUGCUCUGAAGAUCCUAGGCAAUGCAGACUAUGUCUUCACUAGUAUCUUUACAUUAGAAAUUAUCCUUAAGAUGACUGCUUAUGGGGCUUUCCUGCACAAGGGCUCGUUCUGCCGGAACUACUUCAACAUCUUGGACCUGCUGGUGGUCAGCGUGUCCCUCAUCUCCUUUGGCAUCCAGUCCAGCGCAAUCAACGUUGUGAAGAUUUUACGAGUGCUGCGGGUCCUCAGGCCCCUGAGGGCCAUCAACAGGGCCAAGGGGCUAAAGCACGUGGUUCAGUGCGUGUUUGUGGCCAUCAGGACCAUUGGGAACAUUGUAAUUGUCACCACUCUGCUGCAGUUCAUGUUCGCCUGCAUUGGGGUCCAGCUUUUCAAGGGAAAGCUCUACACCUGCUCAGAUAGUUCCAAACAGACGGAGGCAGAAUGCAAGGGUAACUAUAUCACAUACAAAGAUGGAGAGGUUGACCACCCCAUUAUCCAGCCUCGAAGCUGGGAGAACAGCAAGUUUGACUUUGACAAUGUUCUGGCAGCCAUGAUGGCCCUCUUCACUGUCUCCACCUUUGAAGGAUGGCCAGAGCUGCUGUACCGCUCCAUCGACUCCCACACAGAAGACAAGGGCCCCAUCUACAACUACCGUGUGGAGAUCUCCAUCUUCUUCAUCAUCUACAUCAUCAUCAUUGCCUUCUUCAUGAUGAACAUCUUCGUGGGUUUCGUCAUUGUCACCUUCCAGGAGCAGGGGGAGCAAGAGUACAAGAACUGUGAGCUGGACAAGAACCAGAGACAGUGUGUGGAAUAUGCCCUCAAGGCCCGGCCCUUGCGAAGGUACAUCCCCAAGAACCAGCACCAGUAUAAAGUGUGGUAUGUGGUCAACUCUACCUACUUCGAGUAUCUGAUGUUCGUCCUUAUCCUGCUCAACACCAUCUGCCUGGCCAUGCAGCAUUACGGCCAGAGCUGCCUCUUCAAAAUUGCCAUGAAUAUACUCAAUAUGCUUUUCACUGGCCUCUUCACGGUGGAAAUGAUCCUGAAGCUCAUUGCCUUCAAACCCAAGGGUUACUUUAGUGAUCCCUGGAAUGUUUUUGACUUCCUCAUCGUGAUUGGGAGCAUAAUUGAUGUCAUUCUCAGUGAAACUAAUCACUAUUUCUGUGAUGCAUGGAAUACAUUUGAUGCCUUGAUUGUUGUGGGUAGCAUUGUUGAUAUAGCAAUCACCGAGGUACACCCAGCUGAACAUACCCAAUGCUCUCCCUCUAUGAGCGCAGAGGAGAACUCCCGAAUCUCCAUCACCUUCUUCCGCCUCUUCCGGGUCAUGCGCCUGGUGAAGCUGCUGAGCCGUGGGGAAGGCAUCCGGACCCUGCUGUGGACCUUCAUCAAGUCCUUCCAGGCCCUGCCCUAUGUGGCCCUUCUGAUCGUGAUGCUGUUCUUUAUUUAUGCAGUGAUUGGGAUGCAGGUGUUUGGGAAGAUCGCCCUGAACGACACCACAGAGAUCAAUCGGAACAACAACUUCCAGACGUUUCCCCAGGCUGUGCUACUGCUCUUCAGGUGUGCCACCGGGGAAGCCUGGCAGGAUAUCAUGCUGGCCUGUAUGCCAGGCAAGAAGUGUGCCCCCGAGUCUGAGCCCAGCAACAGCACGGAGGGGGAGACGCCCUGUGGUAGCAGCUUUGCUGUCUUCUACUUCAUCAGCUUCUACAUGCUCUGUGCCUUCCUGAUCAUCAACCUCUUCGUAGCCGUUAUCAUGGACAACUUUGACUACCUGACGAGGGAUUGGUCUAUCCUUGGUCCUCAUCAUCUGGAUGAAUUCAAAAGGAUCUGGGCCGAGUAUGACCCUGAAGCCAAGGGUCGGAUCAAACACUUGGAUGUGGUGACCCUCCUCCGUCGAAUUCAGCCCCCCUUGGGUUUUGGGAAGUUGUGUCCUCACCGUGUGGCCUGCAAACGCCUGGUGUCCAUGAACAUGCCUCUGAACAGCGAUGGGACGGUCAUGUUCAAUGCUACCCUGUUUGCCCUAGUCAGAACAGCCCUGAGGAUCAAAACAGAAGGGAACCUAGAACAAGCCAAUGAGGAGCUGCGGGCCAUCAUCAAGAAAAUCUGGAAGAGGACCAGCAUGAAGCUGUUGGACCAAGUGGUGCCCCCCGCAGGUGAUGACGAGGUCACAGUAGGCAAGUUCUAUGCCACCUUCCUGAUCCAAGAGUACUUCCGAAAAUUCAAGAAGCGGAAAGAGCAGGGGCUGGUGGGCAAGCCUUCUCAGAGGAACGCACUGUCCCUUCAGGCUGGCUUACGCACGUUGCAUGACAUUGGGCCUGAGAUCCGACGAGCCAUCUCUGGGGAUCUUACCGCUGAGGAAGAGUUAGACAAGGCUAUGAAGGAGGCUGUAUCUGCUGCCUCUGAAGACGACAUCUUCAGGAGGGCUGGAGGCCUGUUUGGCAACCAUGUCAGCUACUAUCCAAGUGACAGCAGGAGCAACUUCCCUCAGACCUUCACUACCCAGCGCCCCCUGCACAUCAACAAGACGGGAAACAACCAAGGUGACACGGAGUCACCGUCCCACGAGAAGCUGGUGGACUCCACUUUCACUCCCAGCAGCUACUCCUCCACGGGCUCCAAUGCCAACAUCAACAAUGCCAACAACACUGCCCUGGGCCGCUUCCCCCAUCCCACUGGCUACCCCAGCACGGUCAGCACUGUGGAGGGCCACGGGCCCCCCUUGUCCCCCGCUGUCCGGGUACAGGAGGCAGCAUGGAAGCUCAGCUCUAAGAGGUGCCACUCCCGAGAGAACCGGGGGGCCUCGGUGAGUCAAGAGAUGUUUCCAGAUGAGACCUGCAGUGUGAGGAUGGGCGAAGACGCCGAGUACUGCAGUGAGCCCAGCCUGCUCUCCACAGAGAUACUCUCCUACCAGGAUGAUGAAAACCGACAGUUGACAUCUCCAGAGGAGAAGAGGGAGAUCCAGCAGUCUCCAAAGAGGGGUUUCCUUCGCUCUGCCUCGCUAGGUCGAAGGGCCUCCUUCCACCUGGAAUGUCUGAAGAGACAGAAGGAUCAAGGGGGAGACAUCUCUCAGAAGACAGCCGUGCCCUGGCAUCUGGUUCAUCACCAGGCAUUGGCAGUGGCAGGUUUGAGCCCCCUCCUGCAGAGAAGCCAUUCUCCGACCACGUUCCCCAAGCCAUGCCCCACACCCCCUGUCACCCCAGGCAGCCGGGGCAGGCCCCUACAGCCCAUCCCCACUCUACGGCUGGAGGGGGCUGAGUCCAGCGAGAAACUCAACAGCAGCUUCCCGUCCAUCCACUGCAGCUCCUGGUCCGAGGAGACCACUGCCUGUAGUGGCAGCGGCGGCAGCAUGGCCCGGAGAGCCCGGCCUGUCUCCCUCACGGUGCCCAGCCAGGCUGGAGCUCCAGGGAGACAGUUCCAUGGCAGCGCCAGCAGCCUGGUGGAAGCGGUCUUAAUUUCAGAAGGACUGGGACAGUUUGCUCAAGAUCCCAAGUUCAUCGAGGUCACCACCCAGGAGCUGGCUGACGCCUGUGACAUGACAAUAGAGGAGAUGGAGAAUGCCGCAGACAACAUCCUCAGUGGGGGCGCCCAGCAGAGCCCCAACGGCACCCUCUUACCUUUUGUGAACUGCAGGGACCCAGGGCAGGACAGGGCUGUGGUCCCAGAGGACGAGAGCUGCGCAUAUGCCCUGGGGCGAGGCCGGAGCGAGGAGGCGCUCCCGGACAGCAGGGCCUACGUCAGCAACCUGUAGUCCACAGGGCUGGCGAGACGCGGGUGUUUUUUAUUCGUUUCAAUGUUCCUAAUGGGUUCGUUUCAGAAGUGCCUCACUGUUCUCGUGACCUGGAGGUAACCGGAACAGCGUCUUCAUUCACUGCUGUCGGGACAAGCCUCAGAGCUGGGCGGUCUGCGGAGUCGGCUUUUCAGGGGAGAAGGCCAAGGCCGUGGUGCAGGGCUCCAGCGCCUUCCCGGGGCAGCACCGCCCAAAGGACCCCACCCCACCCCUAAGCAAAAGGGUGUUUUCCCCUUGCUUGUAUAAACAGUCAUUUGCACAUGUUCUGUCUGAGCCUGGCCGUCUCUAUGGUGUAGGGACCCAGGAAUCUAUGGCGGGAGUAGGCCAGCGCCCCGGGAAGGAGCCCCCCCGGAAAGGGCUGCAAGGUUCCCAGCAGUGUGGGCCUGGUCCCUUCCGGGACUCUUCUUCUGCAGGAGCCGAGGUGCAGGUGGUGGGAGCCAGUGCAGACCACACCACCUGCCCUCAGCUAGCCAGGCUAGGGGGCGCAGGCUGCUGCCUAGUAAUCUUGGUUUCAUGGUGUGAUGGAUCUUGUUAGCAUGUUUCGGUUUUCUGGGUUUUAGUUUCUUUAUCAUUUUUUAUUUGUUGUGCUUUCCCACGGGGAAGGGAGGAAGAAGAGCGUCUACAGUUGCGCAGCCUCAGUCAGUGUUUCCACAUUUGGGUUAUUUAAAUCGGAUUUGGUUUUAUUCUAUUCUUUAAAUGGUGCGGUUUUCUCCCCCACCCCUCAUUUUCCACCCGUGAAGCGAGGGCUCAAUAUCACCACAGGAAGGUUUACCUGCUCUGUGUAUGCCCAGUAACUUGUUACAAUUUCCUUAAGUAACAGCACCUUUUCCCCGCUUUCUUUCUGGUUCGGUUGAGCGUCACAAUCUGCAGGUAACAGGCUAUUAGAUAAGGUGUUGCGCGCCUGGGCGGUUGAGCUGGGCUCCUUUCUUAGCUGGGCGUAUGGAUAGGUUCAAGAGAGAGGAUGUAUGAGCAUCUGUGUGUCACACGUGUGUCCAUAGUGGGUCGUCUGUGCGUGUGUGCACCCACAUGGUGGUGCGUGCGCACCCCCUCCACCCCACCCCCACCCCCCGCACAAAAGUCCGUAGAUCCCGGUUCCGGUUUGACUGCAGGGAGUUCUGAAUCUGGGGCGAUUCGAAAGCAAAAACAAAUCACUGUCUCCGCUUCUGCUUCUGAAACGAGAAUCGGUAACGGCAUUUCCUGUCCCACGAGAUAUGCAAAAGCAAUGCAAUAAUAUCCAUUUUAAAAUACGAUUGUGAGUUGUGUCAGCAUUAAAAUUCUAUUUUAAAAAAACACAAAAUUUAAGGGAAAAAAACUCAAGAAGACAUUUUGCUUCGAUAUAUUCUGUGUAACGUUUUAUUGCAUUGAUAAUGUUUCUGUUGAAGAAACUGUUAUACUUGAAUUCAGGUCAGUUUCAGUAUUUUUCAAAUAUUUUUUUAAAACUGAAUUGCAAUUGUGCCAAGCAAAUAUAAUGACUUAAGUUUGUUUUAAAAUUCACUUCUUGUAUAUUUUGCUGCAUGUAAAGUAAAUCAUUUUGUAUUUGGAGUGUGACAAGCUUUACCUUCGAACUCUUAAGUGCUUUUUCUACAUGUGGUUGGGGAGGAGAUGGUUUUCUUUCAUUUGCAAAGUGAACAAAGGUAUCCCCCGGUGUCAGUCCUCUGCUCUCUGCAGGCAGGUCUAGGAGGUACCAUUUUGCAUAUCUUGUAUUUUGUUUCCAUUUCCCUUGAUCUUUCCAAAACCGGGUGGUAAGACAGUCCAUGCCACAUCUUGCUUUGCAAGAUCAGGACACGUUUCAUCCAGGUCUUCACUUGCUGCCUUCUGUCAUUCUCUGUGGAUACCUACUUGUCCAAGAUGCUCCCGUGGAGAGGUGGCUGGCUUUCCCAAGCACUCGGACUGAAAGGAUGCGGUGACAGUCAGCCUGGGGCGGUGGUAGGCCACAUUCAUCUUUGACACAUGACUUGCCCAAACACAGAUUGCCAUAGCUGUGGCUAGAGAAAGGUAAUUGGAUGGAACUGUGGUCCUUCUAGAAACCACUCAGCCUCUCCCUCUUCCAAAGCAGGAAGGCAGGGAAGCAGAGGAUCUUGACGAGGGCGGGGCAUCAGGAUUCAAUUUUCAUUUAGGCUGGUCUGUUGUCUGCCUUCAGCAACUCUUACGGUUAGUACCAGGUCCUUUGAUUGUAUCGUAACAAGAAUGGUUGAAAAGAAGAGCUCUGGGGAAAAUAAGACUCAACCAUUCACCCAGAACUUACCUAUGUACAGAAUAUCGUCUGGUCCCAGUGUCCUUCCAGCCUAUUUUAGAGAUUAUUUGAGAAUCUGCUAGAAAUUCCAGCAAGGAUCUUUCAUGAAAAUGCAGAGAGAGGUUAACCAGAGUCUAAAAACAGCGCUCCUCCUUAGACUUCCAUGUGCCGAUAACCCAGCAUCCUUUGCAGUACCCAUAAGGGCUUCUAGAUGUGAGGAUUAGUUGGCUUCCUUUGUCUUGUUUCUGCAAAGUUCUGCUACUGUGUUGAUGUGACCAUGGUGACUAUAGAGAGGAGAGCCCUUCUGACUGGCUGUCUGGUUCUUGCAUACAUCUGACCCGCAGAGAAAUGUGGUGUUUUCAUUGAUUCCACCCACAGACAUGCAUAUUCAGUUUCCCUGUGCUGCCUUGUUUUCCUUGGGAAGCUUUGAUCUGCAUUGCCAGAUUCUACUGAGCAAUGACAUAAGCUACAGGCCAAGCUCCUGCAGCUCCUGCCAGGACUCCGCCCAGUGUGGUUCCCCAACACCCCCUUCACCAGUCAUACCUACAGGCUACCUUCUCCCUUACGGCCAAGAAGACCAGAGCAGCCUUUCACUCAUACGCUGCACCCUGAAGAAUGGCAUCAUCAGGGACAAUGGACCUCUUGCCCUUUGUUGCUAGGAGGAACAGGUUCAGUGGCCAAUGUCCUUUUUCAUGCUUGGCUUCAUGACCACCUGAGUAAGACUGACACACGUUGCCUGUCUCCAGGACAGAGGGGAUCAGUGAGUAGGAAAGCCAGUAAACAUCUACACCAGACUGUCUACUCUCCACCCAACAUGGAAUUUUCCCAAGGACUGUUUUGAACAUAACUACUAGACCUUCUGCAAUCCUGAUAGUCCCUGAAUGGCAGGGAAAUUAGCCCACAGCUAAUGACCAAAGGGUCAUGAAGGAGUGUAGGCCAUGUGUUUUCAUCUGUCGUAUGACUAGGUCUGUCUCUUUUAUUUCUGAUCUUUUCAUGUAUGAGACCAUAUUAUACAAAGUCCAGUUAGUUCCUUUCUGCCUGGUCCUAGAAGGCUCUUCAUAUCUUCAGGUUAAAAGAGAGAGACUUUCAUAGACCUUGUUUGAUUUGUAAAUGUCUUCCCUGUUCGUUGUGGCUCCCAUCUUUCUUAACCUGACUAGGAAUCCAAGGCCCAACUCUGUCAUUUACCUUCCUCUGGUACCCUGGUUCCAAAUUCUGGGUACUAUGAAAAGAAGGUCUGUGUUCCUUUCUCGUACCUCUCAACCAUCUGGAGCUCCAGACACCCUAACUGAACACAGUAGGCAGCCCUUCCUUUGCCAAAACCAGCACAUUUCUGCAAACACUCUGAAAGUCAGUAGAAGGAAAGUGGCUGUUGUACCGAGGCCAGGAGACACACUCCACUGCUCCUAAAGGCAGGCCAAGAGAGCAAGGAUCCAGACCAAGCAUGGAGUCAAAUCUGAUACUCAGGGUUUUUAGCCUUCUAGUAGCACAUUUCAAAUGUCGCCAAGGGGAUGGAUGGCCCCUCCAUCCUGGGAUUUUGAGUAACUGAAAUGUCCUCAUUCAGGAGCUAGAAACAAUUGAACAAGGACCUGAGGAAGGAUUGUCUGGCUUUCAGAAGAGCUACUCAAAGCCCAGGAAAGCCAAAACCUGCUGUAAGUGUCCUGGCUGAUACUGUUCCUCAACAAAGCCCUGGCUCUAAAGCAAGCGUCAACACAGAGAGAACUAGAGGGAUGUAGAGGUGAGGAAAGGGCACAUCCUGACUCCAUCUGUGUCAUCUCAUCGUGUGGAAAGCAGUUUCUGUCUUGUCCAGCCUUGUCAAAGGCUGGGGGCUCCGUAAUCUGCUUUGGAAGUUGUGAAACAUAAAUACCUACCCUAGGUGUUUUUCCAGCUACAUCAACCUAGCUAGAGCAACAUGGUUCUUACCUGACCCUGUGAGGUCCCUUCACUGCAUCUGGUCGAAGAAUUUGCCAAUGGGAAAGUUGUUGGGGGAGGUUGGGUCUCACUCACCAAAGUCCAUGUUCUAGAGCAGCUGCUGUGGGGAGAGGCAUCCUGGGAGGGUGUGAGGGGGGAAAGCACCUACCUACGAUGUCAGUAACAGGCACCUCCCCUCCUUUAGCAUUUCACUCUUCCUCAUCUUCCUCCUCCUCCCCCUCCUCCUCUGCAAGCCCAGUGAAGGGAAUAGAGAGGUGGAAGGAACCAUUUGCAGAUUCUUACAGUGUCUUCACCUUGCAGGGAAGCAGUUGAAUCACACACACACACACACACACACACACACACACACACACACACACACACACACACACAUACACACACACCCCCUAAGGCACAAGUGCUGAGGUGAUGGCUACUUAGUGAUUUUUUUCCACAGAAAAGGAGGACUGUGGUAGUCAUGUUCAACCUGUUCAGUCUGGGGCUAUGUGUCCCAGAACAGCUAUGACCAUAGCCCAGCACAUUUGUAGAUGAUGUCCUAUUAUAAGGGGAAAACACUGGACAUCUUAAAGAGGAAUGCAUGGAAGAAACCAGAACAAUUUCCAACGGUGAAAAUGGUGACGGUUCCAUUCAUCUACAGUGAGGAACUGCUACCAUUCUUAAACUUGCCCUUUUCUUCCAACCAUCUUAAGAGGUUUGAUCCAUAAAGUGUAUGAUAAAGACCUGGCCUUCCUGGUUUGUGAGAAAGACUUGCUAACCUGUCUCUGAAAGGGAGUUGAAGAAUGUAGCUAGAUAUAUCAAGCAUUGCAAAUCAAUUCAGUACUGAGAGUAAAGUCUGAAUUAAGAUUUUCCUGUUACAUUUCUCUUAGGUCUCUGCUAGCAAUAAGGAAGGCAAGGCCAGGAAAAUGCAAUGAAAAUGUGAAAUGUCACAUCACCAGAGCCGAACUGUCUCAGAUGUUCACUGCUUCAGAGGUGUAGCCCCUCAUCCCCAUGGGAAAUUCUGUGCACCCCAAUUUCUCAGAAUCUAAGUGAUUUGAUGUAUAAAGGUUACAAAACGGGUGACAUGCCACUUACUCCAGCAUAAAUGAGUCAAUUCAUGCAAAUUUGCCACCUAAAACUUCCCUCAUGGACCACUCAGCAGGGUCAUUACAGAGGCAGUUUGGGGAGGCAGAGGAUAUAGGAAAUCAGAGGGUUAUUUCUUUUUUCUUUUCCUUUUUGGGGGAGCAAUAUGAAGGUACUGGGGGUUGAGCCAGGGGCCUUCCUUGUGCAUGCUGGACAAACACUUCAGCUUUUAUUUUGAAACAGUCUCUGCCUCCUAAGUCUUCCCAGCGUGGAGAACUACACCAAAGUUAAAAGCAGGGGAGAACCCUUGGGAAUUGAGGACAGGUGAUGUGAAAGCAAGCAGUCCCUGCAGAGGGCCCCUUAGAAGGCAUCACAGUGACCCAUAAGCCAUGGGCACCUUUCUGUUCGCCACACAGCACACAUCCACAUCUGCAUCCCAUCCCCUAGACUUGAAAUGCACCUCCCACCCAUCUGUCUGCCCUGCUCAGACACGUGCUGUUUGCUCACUGCCCUGAACAAAGCCUGGAUGGCAGGGAAACAGCUGGGUUGACACACAUCUGCGGUGAGAGCAGUUAAGAACAACCUGUGGGAGUAGAAGUCAUUGAGAAAUAGGGUGGCAGAUCCCCAGAAGUGAAUGCUGCAAUGUCUGCCUCUCUCAUAAUACUGCAAUUCUACUUUAAUCUGCCAGUGUUGCUAAGGAAAACUUCCCUCCAUGUAAAGGGUCCACAUGAAGCCGCUCCUGCCCCCAACUCUCCAUGUGUCUACUCAGUCCACUUUUAUGUCCCCGAGAAAGCCUGUGUCAUGUGCCAUGCCUGUUCCCAGAGAGGCAUGGAAAGAUGAUCAGGCUUCUGUGUCACUCAUAUACACCUGCACAUCCGACACCUGCCCCUCCAGGCUCCACGACACCACAGUCUGACUGUUGUAAAUAUUGUUGUACAGUUUGUAAUCAUCAAAUAAUACUGCUGUCAACGGCCCUGCCUGCUGCGCCUUCUCCCCCUCGAGUAAGGCCAGGGAAUCUAGAAGGGAAAACCUUCAAGGAGAGCUUCAGGGUCCAUCUCUGUGUGAGACGCUACUGUAUAUUCCUGUAAGAUUGCAUUUUUAUCUAAGGAAUGAUGUUAUUUAAAAAACAAACAAAAACGCAAAAAAGAAUUGCAAAUAAAUUUCUUAACAAUGUC